AUGUUUGGAGAGCCUGAGAUUGAUGAUUAUCAGUUCCCACUUCCAGGGUUCAGAUUCCACCCUACUGAUGAAGAACUUGUCGGAUUUUAUCUCCGGCGAAAGGUUGAUAAGAAGGCGAUCGGUACCGAGCUCAUCAAGUCCGUUGAUAUCUAUAAGCAUAGUCCUUGGGAUCUUCCUAAUGGUAGUAAUAAUUUGGGAGAGAAAGAAUGGUAUUUUUUUUGCAAAAGAGGAAGAAAAUACAAGAACAGUAUAAGACCAAAUAGGGUUACAGGAACAGGAUUUUGGAAGGCAACUGGAAUUGAUAAAGCAAUUUAUUCUCAUGGAGGAAAUGGAAAUCAUUGCAUUGGCCUCAAGAAAACCCUUGUUUAUUACAAUGGAAAUGCUGGCAAAGGCACUAAAACUGAGUGGAUGAUGCAUGAAUUUCGCCUUCCUAAUUCUACUUCUCUUAAUUAUCAUCAUACUUCUUCUAUCUUUGCAAGAAUCACAACCAAUAAACUCCAAGAAGCUGAAAUUUGGACAUUGUGUCGAAUAUUUAAAAGAAGUGUUGCAAUUACAAAAUAUGCACCAAAUUGGAGGGAGAUAGCAGGAGGAAAUGGUGGUUCAAUAUUUGGAGAAAUGAAUAAUAAUUCAAAUAAUAAUGGAUAUAGUGAAGAAUGUUAUGAUAAUGAAAGCAAUUACAUAAGUUUCAGCUCUUCCCUCAUUAAUUUUGAGGAAAAGAAGCCUAUAAUCAAUAGUAAUAAUAAUUCAUUGAUGAUGAUGAUGAAUUUUAGCUCAAUUUCUGAAGAACAAGAAGCUCCUUCUUCUUCAACAAUUGAAGAAUCAUCACCAUCAAGCUUCUCAAAUUUUGAUGGAGAUGCAACCGAUCUCUUUGGAUACAAAGACAGGAACAAGCUUCAAUUAUUUUGCCAAGAUUUUUCUAAUAUUAUUCAUCAUCCUUGA